AUGUCUCCGCCAGCGUCACGGGCGCUCCUCGGGCUCCUACUCGCGCUUUGCGCCCUAAGCCCACUGCUGACAGCCCACAAGCCAUUGCGUCCUCGAAAUGUCAAGCUGACCUCGGUGGACAGGGGAUUAAAAGUCACAUGGGAACCUCCAAACGAGCUGGAUGGCCGUCCUGUGGACCGCUACAGCAUCGGUUACGGCAAGUCCAUGAACUCACUCCGCUUCAUAACCGUGGACAAAGACCAGCGCUCUGAGGUCCUGGAGGAUGUGGAACCGGGAGUGAUGCACUUUCUGAAGGUGAGCGCGGAGAAUGAGGAUGGGAGGAGCAAGCCUGUGUACAGGGUUACGACUCCAGGAGGAGGGGAGUGGGUGAAAUUGGAUGGCUUCGCAGUGGAGGGUGGGUCUUCUGUAAACAGUUCCUCCACGAGGAGGAGUGUGUCAGCCACCCCUUCUAGAGUCGGCCCUCACCCCUCAGCCCAAAGAUCAGCCGUGGGGCACUUGCGAGCCCCUCAGUCCUCCUCGGGUCCUGAGCCUCCACGGAGGAUGGGAUACCUCCCGGUCCGCCCUCAACACAAACAGAGAGUGGACGUGACUCAGCACCAAGCUGACCAGCGCAACAGAAAUAAACCCAAACUUGCGUCUGAGUCCGUCUAUGUGGUAUCACUGCAGGCACAGAGAGCCCUGGGGAGGAGCGCACCUGUUAACAAGGCUGUAAUGACCAAAAAACACACUCCAGAGCCAGAGGAUGUGGAUAAUGUAGAGGACAUCUCAGUGAGAAUCAUGUCCCCUCAGUCUGUUCUCAUUACAUGGGUCGAUCCAGUUGUGGAGAAAAAGAAGAAUAUCCCUGAGGGGUCCAGGCAUUACACGGUGAGAUACAGAGAGAAAGGGGAGUCUGCUCGCUGGGAGUAUAAGGAGACCACCCAGAGACGCAUCAUGAUUGAAACACUGUCAGCAGACAGAAUGUAUGAAUUCGCAAUCCAGGUCUCUCAGGAUGACAGAGACGGAAAAUGGAGUGCAUCUGUGUUCCAGAGGACACCAGAAUCAGCUCCUUCUGGUCCACCAGAGAAUUUCCAGGUGAGACCAAUUAGGGGAAAGGGCACUGCUGUCACGGCAAACUGGGAUCCACCUGAAGAACCAAAUGGCAGGAUACGCGAAUACAUCCUGUCAUACGCUCCGGCCUUGAAACCCUUUGGAGCAAAAUCGAUCACGGUCCGUGGGACUAUCAACACGGCAACCAUCGAUGGUCUGCAGCCAGGUGUCAACUACAUUUUCAAAAUCCGUGCUGUCAACAGGAGAGGACAGGGACCACAAACCAAAGCUCUCAGUAUUUCAAUGCCAGCAACUAGUAAUGCUCCGCAAUCAAAAACUCUUGAUGGCCGUGUGACUAGCCAUGGCUCUUCCGGAACGUCCAAAGAAGAUUCAGACCACAAGGAGACGAAACAGACAAAACAAGCAGAAACACCAACCACUUCCGCUCCACCAACCAACAGGAGGACACGUCCCCUCUCUCAGACCCGGUCCUAUCAUAGCAUAUUCUCCUCUGUGAGGGGUUCAGUCAGACAUGGGUCUUUUAACCCUAGGACAGGCUCAAGAGUAUCCUUAACGCAAAGAGAGAAACAGGAGGAGGAGGAGAAACCAUCAGAUACUCAAAAAGAAAAAGAGCUGAAGGCAAAUGAGGCCUCUGAGGAUGAAUCUGAAUCUGUGAAAAAGAAUAGCGAAGUUCCUACAAAGUCUGGAGAAGAUGAGGGACAUAGUAAAGUUUCAUCCGAAAUUCCAGAAUCAAGCUCCAGCUUCAAAACACCUAGCACUUCACCAGACGCCAAAGAGUCACACUCAAAAUCAUCAUCCUCAUCUGAAGCCUCCCCUAAAAGAUCACAAGGGAGGCGUGUCACUUCCUUAAGCCCACGGUUAUCUUCUGUCCUUGAUUCUGGUCAAUUCCGCCGACCUGUUUCACGUCCUACAGGGUCUAGACCAAGAACACCAAACAUCAACCCUUCCCACAGUCAGGAAUCUGCAGCUCUAAGGGAAGACCACUCUUCCAGUGCCCAUUCUGAGAGUAAGGAUUCCUACAACCAGCACAGUGAUACAGUUGAAAAACCAUCUAUGUCAACACCUCAAGAAACAGUACCAGAACCACAAAAACCAGAGACAUCUGCCACAGCAUCAGCUGGUUCAUCUACCUCCUCAUCUUCCAAGUCGUCAUCAUCCUCUUCUUCUAUUGUUCCUCAGCCAAUUCCAGCUUCAGACAAAGGUGGAAGUAAAAAUGGACGCCCAAAUCUGACAGCUACAAAUGGAAAGAUAUCUUCUACAUCUGAUGAGAACACUAAGUCAAAUGGAGUAAAGCAUAUAACAGGUCCAGAUGGAACCAAAUGGGUAGUGGAUCUGGAUAAAGGUUUCCUUAUGAAUGAAAAUGGGAAGGUUCUACAGGAUUCAAGAGGUCGACCCAGAAGAGUGGUUCUUGGAGAAGAUGGCAAAAUGGUUUUCGAUGACCAAGGCACCCCUCUGGUGAACGAAGAGGGGAUGGCCUUGUUUGGUCAUGGGAGGGAUACUCGCCCUGUGGUUAAUCCUAAGGACAAAUACUUGACUGUGGGAGGGAAGCCUGUUGUUGGCCUGGAUCGUCCAAAGCCACAAACUACCACGCUGCCGCCGCCGCCACCAACAACAACAACGACGACGACGACGACGACGACGGCGGCGACGACAACAACAACACCAACAACAACAACAACAACAACUACAACAACUACAACUACCACACCUGAACCAACCACAGAACCUACCACAACAGAGAUGAGCACUUUAGAAACCUCCACACUGGCCGUCUUCCCCACAUGUCCGCCUGGAACCUUCUCCAGAAAAGAUAGGGAUGGUUUCCCUCUGAUGGAUGAAAAUGGAGUGCUGAACUGCUAUCCAGACGAGGCCGGCUCAGGAAUGGAAAUGGACUCCAUGGUUACAGUCACCAUGGCGCCAACCAGGUCUUUAGGUCUUGAGGAAGAGGAAUUUUUGAUGGAGACGACCUUGCCACCAACUACCACAUCACCCCCCACCCCUGAACCUCAGAUUAGACCCCUCAACUCCAGCCCCUCUUCUGAGUUCGACCUGAGUGGGAAGAAGCGCUUCACAGCUCCGUAUGUGAAUUACAUCCGAAAAGACCCUGGCGCUCCGUGUUCCCUGACGGAAGCUCUUGAGUAUCUGCAGGUGGAUGUUUUGGAAAACCUGAUGGAGAAAGACAAACAGUUGGAGGCCAGCAACAAGCAGCCACCUAAAAACAAACCCCACAACAUCACAGUGGUUGCCAUGGAGGGCUGUCACUCAUUCGUCAUCUUGGACUGGGCACGCCCGCUGAAGGAUGACAUGGUGUCAGGGUACAUGGUCCACAGUGCCUCCUAUGAUGAUGUGCUGAAUAACAGGUGGUCUUCCAGGAGUGCGUCUGGAACACACUUAGCGGUGGAAAACCUCAAACCCAACUCUAGGUAUUACUUCAAAGUGCAAGCCAGGAAUAUCUUUGGUCUGGGCCCCAUCAGCGACACAUUGACUUACAUCACUGAAUCAGAUGAUCCUCUUCUUAUAGAGAGACCACCAGGUGGAGAGCCAAUCUGGAUUCCGUUCACCUUCAGAUAUAACCCUGCUCACAGCUCAUGUAAAGGAAGUCAGUUUGUCAAACGUACCUGGUACAAGAAGUUUGUAGGUGUUGUCCUGUGCAACUCACUGCGCUACAAGAUCUUCAUGGGAGAUGGACUCAAGGACACCUUCUACAGUAUCGCUGACACGUUUGGUCAUGGAGAGGACCACUGCCAGUUUGUGGACUCUUACUUGGAGGGCAGGACAGGGCCGCACAAUCUGUCCCUUUACCUGCCGACAGCUCAAGGUUAUUAUCGAUCCUACAGACAAGAACCAGUGAGUUUUGGGCCUAUCGGCAGACGCACGCCACACCCGUUCGUGGGUUGGUAUGAGUGUGGGGUACCUAUACCUGGAAAAUGGUAA